GAAUUAAUGCUUUCUAUUUUCCUUACUAUUUAAUCCAUAGUCUCCGUUCCCAAAACUUGGAUUUUUAUUAUUUUAUUACACUUUUUUAUAGUGUUUUUACAAGUCCCCUGUCGUUUCUCCCAAUCUCUCUCUCUCUCUCUCUCUCUCUCUCUCUCUUUCUUCCAAUCUAUUGCCUUUCACAAUCACCAACAGGGGAUGCUAGCAGCCACCCUCUCAUCAAUAAUUCUCUCUCGGGGUAGUGGAAAAUUCCAUCUCUUUCUUCCUCUUCCUCUCCCUCUCUCUCUCUCUCUCUCCAUCCAUUUCUCUUUCUCUUUCUUUUUAUUUUUCUCCUCUCAAAGUGUACCGUGGGUUGCAGAAGUGACUUCUGUGAGCUUUGUGAAGUAAGCCAAAAUCUAGGUUGUGUGCUGGUAAAGCUUUGUGGACUUGGUUUUGAGUGGAUCUCUCUGUGGCUGAGUUGAUUUUAGUUAACAAAGGCCUUGGUUAUUGGAUGAUUUGAAGUUUUAUCAGGGCUAACAGAUACUAGAAGAAACUUGAAGCUUUGGUUGACUCAGAGAUUUCCUCAAGUUUCGGACUUAUUUGGACUCGUAUAUUGGAAUAAUGAUGAUGUUUGAUGAGAUGGGGAUUUGUGGUGAUAUGGAUUUCUUCAGUGCUCCCCUUGGGGAAAAAGAUGUGGCGGCCUCACAAACUGAACCAGAGGCGACAGUGGAGGAUGAUUAUACUGAUGAAGAAAUUGAUAUGGAUGAACUUGAGAGAAGGAUGUGGAGGGACAAAAUGCUUCUCAAACGGCGUAAAGAACAGAAUAAGGGCAAGGAGGGGAUUGAUAUGGCCAAACAGCGCCAGUCCCAAGAACAGGCAAGGAGAAAGAAGAUGUCAAGGGCACAGGAUGGAAUAUUGAAGUACAUGUUGAAGAUGAUGGAAGUGUGUAAGGCUCAAGGUUUUGUUUAUGGGAUUAUUCCAGAAAAGGGAAAACCGGUAACUGGGGCAUCUGACAAUCUUCGAGAAUGGUGGAAGGAUAAAGUCAGGUUUGAUCGUAAUGGUCCCGCGGUUAUUGCAAAGUACCAGGCAGAUAAUUCGAUUCCUGGCAAGAAUGAUGGCUGUAACUCAAUCGGCCCAACACCACACACCUUGCAAGAACUUCAAGAUACAACUCUUGGUUCUCUUUUGUCUGCACUGAUGCAACACUGUGAUCCUCCUCAGAGGCGAUUUCCUUUAGAGAAAGGUGUUCCCCCACCAUGGUGGCCUACUGGAAAUGAGGAAUGGUGGCCACAACUGGGAUUGUCCAAAGAGCAAGGUCCACCUCCUUAUAAGAAACCUCAUGACUUGAAGAAGGCUUGGAAAGUGGGGGUUCUUACUGCAGUAAUCAAGCAUAUGUCUCCUGAUAUUGCCAAGAUUCGCAAGCUUGUAAGGCAGUCGAAGUGCUUGCAGGACAAGAUGACAGCAAAGGAAAGUGCAACAUGGCUUGCUAUCAUUAACCAGGAGGAGGCCUUGGCCCGAGAGCUUUACCCUGAUUCCUGCCUACCUUUGUCCUCAGGUGGAGGAAGUGGGUCUUUUGUUAUAAAUGACUGCAGUGAGUAUGAUGUUGAAGGGGCUGAAGAUGAGCCAAACUUUGAUGUGCAAGAGCGCAAACCUGAGAAUCUCAAUUCAUCUAUUCUGGGCAUGGAUAGAAUGAGGGCCGUCCAACAACCACCUUAUACUCUUAAAGGAGAAGUUAUGAAUAAUUUGGAUUUCAUGCGAAAAAGGAAACCAUCCAAUGAUCUAAACAUGAUGGAACACAAGAUCUACACUUGUGAGUUCCUCCAGUGUCCUUAUGGUGAACUUCGCUUGGGUUUUCAUGACAGGACUGCCAGGGACAACCAUCAAUUGACUUGUCCAUAUAGAAACUCCUCUGCACAGUUUGGUGGUUCGGAUUUUAAUGUUAAUGAAGUGAAACCAGUUAUUUUCCCUCAACCUUUUGCGCAAUCAAAUCCAGCUGCACCAACUAUUAUUUCUGCUCCAACAUCAUUUGAUCUAUCAGGACUUGGAGUUCCAGAAGAUGGACAGAAAAUGAUCAGUGAGCUUAUGUCCAUAUAUGAUAACAACAUUCAAUGCAACAAGAAUAAGAAUCCCGGUAACAAUCCAGUUACAGAAGGUCAAAAUCUUCUUCAGCCGAAAAUCCAACAGCAACAGGAUGAAUUCUUCCGCGGUCAAGGAGUAAUGAUGGAGGGAAACUUCUUCGAGGAUUCCAGCAUGACCCAUAAUAAUCAGAUGUUUCCACAAGGGGAAGGUCAGUUUGACCGGUUUAAUGGCUUGAAUUCUCCGUUCGAGACCAACCACAAUAACAAUAACUUCCAGUUGAUGUUUGGGUCUCCAUUCGAUUUGUCUUCUUUAGAAUAUAAGGAAGAUCUACAAGCAGUUGGGAUGGAUACCAUGCCAAAGCAGGAUGUUCCAAUCUGGUUCCAGUAGCAAAGUUCAAGGCCAAAAGUGUAUUCCAUCCACUUAGCGCUACCAAGCACACCUUGUUCUUGCGGGGGAAAUCUAACUUACUCCCCUCCUUGGCAUGCCCGACAUCCCCAAGGCCUGGCGACACAUGCACUAGCUAAAACUUUUUUUUACUUGGUUAUUGUAUUUUCCGUCCUGUCUGUAGCUGUGGAAGUUAGCAAGUUUAGCAGGUCUUCAUUUGGGCUUCAAUAAAACGUGGAAAGUCUCACAAUCCUGCUACUGAUUUAUAUAGAAUGUGACUGUCUCAUAAAUAAAUUAGGUGUAUUGUCUUUGUGGUUUUUUUCCCGUCAUUGUUACUUUUAAUCUGUUUCUACAA